CGGCAUGGGGCGAGCUUUGGAACUUGGAGACCAACACCGGAACACCGCUCAAGCUCGUUUCGGACACUUUCUGCGCCUCUGGUGCGCUUCUCAGCAACGGCACGAUGGUCUCCGUCGGCGGGCACAUCCCCGCAGCUGCCGACCUGAAUCAGACUGGGGCAGUGGACGGUCGGAUGGGUCUCAGGCUGUUUGGACCGUGUCUUGACCCUCCUUCCGGAGCUGGCUGCAGCGUGUUCGAAGACUUGGAGCACGUUCAUCUGGCUGAAACUCGAUGGUACCCCUCGUCCCUGCGAAUCUUCGAUGGAUCUUUGGUACUUUUUCAUCUCUAUUCCUUGUUGAUGUGUAACUGUUGAUUAGAUGAUCGUCGGUGGUAUUCACGAAGAAACGCCUUUCUACAACACGGAUCCGGUGAACAGUUUCGAGUUUUUCCCAUCUAAAGAUGGCGGUGUCCCACGACCUUCCGCGUUCCUCGAGCGCAGCCUCCCUGCGAACUUGUUCCCUCGGUGGGUGUUGCAAGCGUUCCAUGUCAAGCUUCUCAACUUGUGCAGUGUUUUUGCUCUGCCUGACGGCAAAGUCUUCAUGAUUGCAAGCAACCAGUCCAUCAUCUACGACAUCGAGGCGAAGACAGAGACCAUCUUGCCCGACCUGCCCAAUGGUGUUCGAAU